AUCUUGAUCUCAUCUCCUAUCUUCUUCCUCCUAGAUUCUUUCUUCCGCGCGCCCUCUCUCUCUCUCUCCUUCCUGCCUUCUGCCUGCGGGCGGCCCAUGUCCGUGGCGCCCCUCCUGCCCUGCGAGCUGCUUCUCCAGCGAAAAGGUUGCUGCGCCUUGACGCACCACCGAUCCACCGCCGCCCAACCCGAGCGUUCUGUCCGGCAGCUAGGUAGCGAGCUGCGCGGUGGCUGCGACCGGAAGCAGGGAGGGGAACAGGGCAGCGAACGCCCGGCGAUUGCCUUGCUUGCCUGUGUGCUCCGGCCGGCGCGAGUUGGUCGGUCGUUCCAUGCAUGGAUGACAAGGAACUUAUCUCACAGUCCGACCUGCAGUCAUUCUACCAGCAGCAGCAGCAGCACCACCGGGCCUUCGGCGGCGGCGGCGGCGGGCAGCAUAGCCCGUCCUCGCUGGCCGGGAUGCACUCCGUCAUUCGCCCCAUGCCCAACAUGAACAUGAGCCCGUCGGCGAUCCUUAACUCUAUCGGCGGGGGCUCCUUCACCGGUAUGCAGUUCCAAAUGGACCCGCCGCCGCCACCAUUGCUGCACACCGCCGCCAUGGGUGCCUCGGCUCCUACCUCCACCCCCGGUGCCGUCCCCGCGGCCCCCACGGAGCCGGUCAAGCGCAAAAGAGGGAGACCGCGCAAAUACGGUCCCGACGGCACCAUGAAGCAGCAGCAGCUCGUCGCCGCACAGCCAAGGAUAGGGCCGUCUGGUCCCAACAUGAUCAGCAGCGCCGGGAUAGAGGACUCUUCGCAGAAGAAGCGGCGCGGCCGGCCGCCGGGCACCGCCAAGAAGCAUCAGCCCUCGCCCUCUCAAGGCAAUGCGUUCGCCGGUUCAGCUGGAACGAGCUUCACUCCGCACAUCAUCACGGCGUCUCCUUCAGAGGACGUGGCGGCGAAGAUCGUCGCGUUCGCCACCCAGUCGUCAAGGGCGGUGUGCGUGCUCUCGGCGAUGGGCUCCGUCUCCAGGGCCGUCCUCCGCCACCCGGCCGACGGCUCUCCCAUGGCGAGGGUUCACGCGUCGCCGCAGCCGUACAACAACAGCCCAGCCAUCUACGAGGGGUUCUACGAGAUCAUGAGCCUAACCGGCUCGUACAACCUGGCCGAGGGCUCACAACAAGAACAGUGCCAGGGCCAGGGCCAGCCGAGCGGCGGGCUCAGCGUCACGCUCUGCAGCCCUGAGAGGAAUGUGAUCGGAGGUGUUUUGGGCGGCCCACUGGUAGCUGCAGGAACCGUGCAGGUGGUACUGGGGAGUUUUCACCAAGGAGGGUCGAAAUCCAAGUCCAAGAAAGGCGGGAAGCAGCAGCAGGCGCCGGCGCCGGCGGCCGCCUUCAGUUCCGACUCGCUCACCGGCGGCCAGGAGGCGUCGCCCAGCUCUGGGCACAACCAAAAUCUAACGCCGCCGCCGCCGCCGCCCUCCGUGACGGGAGGGUGGCCCACCUCCGGGAUGUUUGACACCAGCAUUGAUAUCAACUCAUCUAGAGGAUAGCUCAUUUCAUUUGUCGAUAAUUCCAGCCCUCGAGAAAUUUUCUGUUCUCGCACAAGAAUGAUCGAAACCAUACUUCGAAAUAGAUUAUUCGGUUUCUCCCUUUU